AUGAAUAUGAACAAGAAAUUCGAUCGCUUCAAGCAAUGGACGAACGAGCGCAUGGGUGGGGAGAUCAAGACGGAGAAGUCAAAUGACUUCAAAGCGCUCGAAGUUGAGAUGGAACUUCGACAGACUGGUCUUGAUAAGAUGCAAAAGUCCACAAAUGCCUACGUCAAAGCCAUCUCCAAGCGCUCUGAGCUUGAACCCAAGGAGAAGAUCCUACCCAUUGCCCACAUGGGGGGAACCAUGAUCACGCAUGGUUCUGACUUUGAGUCAGACUCUGAAUUCGGGCAAUGCUUGAGCCUUAUGGGCAGGACUGAAGAGCGGCUGGCGCGAACGCAGGAGACUUACAUUGAAUCCGCAAGUGCUACGUGGCUCGAAUCUCUCGAAAGAUCGUUAGUCCAGAUGAAGGAAUUCCAAGCCGCUCGCAAGAAGCUAGAGCAAAGGAGAUUGGCCUACGAUACAACCCUAGCCAAGAUGCAGAAGGCUAAGAAGGAGGAUUUCCGCGUGGAAGAAGAGCUCCGGUCUCAGAAGGCCAAGUACGAAGAAGCGGAGGACGAUGUCCAUCGGCGCAUGGAAGAUGUUCGUGAUAACGACCCGCAGUGUGUCGCGGAUAUGGGGUUGUUUCUCGAAGCACAACUCGAGUACCACGAGAAGUGCCGCCAGGCACUACUCCAACUCCAGGCUGACUGGCCUGCAAGCACACAACUACCGAGCCGCGGCGGUAGACCAAACCCUCGGUCGCGCUCUAGCACACUCCGCUCUUAUACGCAACCUGAACCAGAACCCGAACCAGUUCCCGAGAUCCGACCUACAAUCAGGUCAAACACCAGCCGAAUGGUCUCGAACAGCGCAGCCCGUCCCGCAAUUGGUAGAUCCACAACGUACGACGUCCCAGCUCAACCGAGAAGGGAUCUUUCGCCUGCCGGGUCUGCUCCGUUAUCCCGUGUUCCUAGCGACUCUCUGAUGAUAAAAACUGCUCGCUCGAACCUGCGGAACCAUCAGGAUCAAGAUGUAUUUGCGGAUGACUCGUCCCCAGAUCAGUCGUAUGGGGACCGUGCCAGCAGUCCUGCAACGUCCAACGCCAGUAGCUCUGCUGCUCCUUUAACAGGCCGACGUGCUCCGCCACCACCGCCCCCCAGCCGAUCCAAGAAACCGCCUCCGCCCAUUCCUCAGAAGAGAGCAAGUGUUAUUUACUAG